AUGCAGCUUCGCCACCCAAGAUACGAGUUUGUUGUCGACGCAAGCCCGUGGCCGCCAGCUAGUCACCCGCCUGACUGGGUCAACGAGCCCGACGACUACACGAUACCGAUCGUCGUGAUCAGCAGCUUCUACGUAGUUGGGAUCCUCGUGGGCUGCUUGAUCCUCAGGGCCGUCAGCUACCCAGCCGGUCCAGGGGAAGCGCGAUGGGUGCCGGCCUGGGCCCGCCGCGACGCCUGCCUCACCCCACUGUUCUUCGCCCUGCCCGCUUUCUCCUGGCCACUGCUGCCCGCAGUAGCGGUCCUCACCGUUAUCGGCUUCUUCCUGAGAGCAUUGGCGGGCGGGCUGUGGAACAUCGUCGGCUCCUCGACCUCGUGCUGCGGCAUACCACUCCCUCGGCGGCGGUCUGGGGGGGCUGCUGCUGCUGCUGACGCCGGCGCCUCAUCGGACCCCGACUUGGAGAUGGGACCCGUCGAUGCGUGUGGCGAGCAUCCUGUGGGAGGCGUCCAGCUUGAUGGUGGAGCGGAUGACUCUGAUGCGUUGGCCGGUGUGCGCCGUGCUGGUUCCGAGGAGUCGGAGCGCCCGCCCUCGUAUACUUCCGUGCCGCCCGACGAAGACGAUGGCGGGGAGGCGGAUGGUCUACUGGCCAAGAAUGACAAAUGA